CUUCCAACUCCGCAGCGGAAUUUGUUUGGAUACAAAAAGGCUCGAAAACGUCCUGUGUUCCCACGCUCAUCAUCAAACAUACGAAUAACAGCUUCCCCCUCUCCAUAUAUCUGUAACUUUUCUCCCUUCUCCACCAACCCACCGCAAACAACACUACCAAACAACACAAACAAACACCAUUCACCAUGUCUACCACUCCCAACCCCAAGAUCAACAUCCCCCGCGCCGACAUCCCCAAGGCUGUUCCCCCCAAGAGCAGAGUUCCUUUGAUGCUCGGUGUCGCCGGUGCCGGAGCACUCGGAUACUACUUCUACAGUGCUGGCGGAGACCCAAAUGUCGCCAAGAAGACCGCUCAGCACGACGCAUCUCGUGCUUCCGUAUCAGUCCGUGACGAGCUUCCUGGCCGAGAGAAGGAGUACAAGAAGGCUGUCGAGGAGAAGAUGGCUCGUGUUGGCAGCACUGUAGACCACACCGUCCAGGAGGGCAAGCAGCGUAUCCAGGCCGGCGUCCAGCAGCUGGAUGAGUCGAAGGAGAGGGCCAAGCACACGGUUCUCAGCAAGAUCGACGAGGCGGACCGCCAUUACCCCAUACCACAGACGUACCAUAAGUGGCACACCUCCACAAAUUUCGAUCUCACAACCGUCUCCGUGCACAUCAAGAACUCGCACCGCUAUCGAGCGUACCGCCCCACCUCCACCCGCCCAACACCGCGCACAACCCUCACCAUGUCGCGCCCUGAAGACAUCCUCCCGCCGGACCUAUUCUACUCCGACGUCGAAGCGGCGAAAUACACGACGAGCAGCCGAAUCCAAUCGAUCCAAGCGUCGAUGACGACUCGAUGCCUCGAGCUUCUCGCGCUGCCCACGUCCUCCCUCGUCCUCGACAUCGGCUGCGGCUCCGGCCUCAGCGGCGAGAUCGUGUCGGCGCACGGGCACACAUGGAUCGGCAUGGACAUAUCGGCCAGCAUGCUCGCGAUCGCGCUGGACCGGGACACGACCGGCGACCUGCUGCUGGCGGAUAUGGGACAGGGCAUACCGUUCCGCGCGGGGACGUUCGAUGCCGCGGUCUCCGUCUCCGCUAUUCAGUGGCUGUGCAACGCUGAGUCGUCGGAUGUCUCCGCCACAGGAAGGCUGUCGCGCUUCUUUGAUGGGCUGUAUGCGUCCCUACGCCGCGGCGGGAAGGCCGUCCUCCAGUUUUAUCCGAAGAAUGAUGUCCAGCGCGGAAUGAUCACUGGUGCCGCGGUCAAGGCGGGCUUCGGCGCGGGUCUCCUAGAGGAUGAUCCCGAGACGAAGAAUAGGAAGGUUUAUCUUGUUCUGACCGUGGGCAGUGGCGGUGAGCUGAGUGGUAGGGAUAUCACGGAUGCGGUGAAGGAUAUGGAGGGCGUUGAGGUGGUGGACGAGAGGGGCCGGCAUACAACGAAAAAGAGAGGGGAGACGACAAAGGAGUGGAUCAUGAGGAAGAAGGAUCGGGAUCGGAAGAAGGGCAAGGUUGUCAAGAAGGACAGCAAGUACACAGGACGGAAGAGGAGGAUUGCUUUCUGA